AUGGAUCUUAACAACGAAACUUUCUUAGCAACUUUUGGAAACGACCAAGACUAUCUAAGGGCACUCACAGGUGGACCGUGGGUCAUCCUGGAUCACUAUUUGAUUGUUCAUCAAUGGUCUCCAACCUUCCGCACCUCCGACAAACCUCACAGAUCAGUGGUAGCGUGGGUACAAUUGCCAGAGCUUCCAGUGCACUUUUAUCACAGAGAAAUUCUCUUUGCUUUGGGAAACCUCAUCGGACGCACAAUCAAACUCGACUAUCACACUGAGAAACUAGAAAGAGGUAAAUUUGCUCGUAUUGCUAUCGAGUUAGAUAUGACGAAGCCAUUGCCCACAAAAAUCUGGCUAGAUAACUUUUGGCAGCAGGUCAUGUACGAGAAUCUCCCCACUAUCUGCUAUGAGUGUGGGCAGAUUGGGCACCAAGAAGAUUCCUGCCCUAAAAUCAACCAGCACGCGACUAUGGUGACCUCGCCGGAUUCUAGAAAACUAGCUUCACCGGCGACGAGCUCACAAGAUCUGCCGGAGGGAUUUGGGCCCUGGAUGCAAGUCACGCGAAAAUCAAGGAAACAGAUUAGGAAAGCGAAUGAGGUGAACAACCAAAAUCGAGGACAGCCAAGUCAAAAUCGAGCAGAUUCUGGCAAGGGAUACGGGUCUGCAAAAGGAAAGGGAGAAGAACCAACAGGAAAAGGAAUCAGAGAGAAAAAAGGAAAAGCAGAACAAACCUUGCACAACAAAAAAGGAAGCUCUACAAAUCAGAAACAAGACAUACCAAAAGAUGAUGACAUACUUAACGGUACAAAAAAGGCCCAACCUCUAAAAGAAUGGAGGCCCAUUGGUACGAGAGAGGCGACACAGAACAGACCAGCACAACAGAUUGAGGCUAGCCCAAUGACACUAGGAUCAGAACCUUCAACAUCGGGCUCCAAACAGAUUUCCGUCACCGAAAGAACACAGGGUCAACAAGGGACUACUAUUCGAGUUAUCUCAGUUCCAGAACUGGUUCUCCCAGGCAAAGAAAACACCAACCCCAAUACUACAAUAUCUUCUAUCCGCCAACACUACCAAAGGAAGAAAAACGAAACUGGAAAGCAAGAGAAACCAAGAGGAAUCAAUGUCAAGGCGGCCAAGAAGCCACUCCAAAUCAGAAGUGCUAAACAGCAAGAGACACCGCAGAAAGCCAAACAUGUGAGCGGUCCGAUUACGAUGCAGUCUAUCGAAGAGUUUUGCUCGCAAGCUCAGCGUAAGAUGAAGAACAAUCAUCAAAUGACCCAAACGAAUCAAGAGGAUGUCCCCAUGGCGGAGACUUCUUCACCCUCGACGGCAAACGAAAAUCAAAUGGAGGACCAAGGACUCGCGGCGACAGAACUCGCCAGCCCCACCACCUCUUGA